CAAAGACAAGCCAGGAGAUUAUUGAGCAAGUAAAUACUACAAAUGUUGACGCAAAAACCUUGACUUUCUUUGACUUUGGAGGACAGUGUGCGUACUACGCCUGUCACCAGAUUUACCUGACCAGGAGAGCUUUCUAUGUUGUGGUGGUGGACGCCUCUAAACGUCUUGACCAGAAGGUGGAUAAGGAAGUGUGUGAUCAAGAUGGUAGCGUAUUCUGUGGAUGGACCUAUGGAGACUACUUUGUGUUCUGGAUAAAGUCUAUACAUACAUACUGUGGUUCCGACAACAUAAAAGAUACAAAACCUGUAGUUCUGAUUGUUGCAACACAUUGGGAAGAAGAUAUCAGAAAGUUUAGGUGUACAAAUGAAUUGAUCGAGAGCUUGCGCCAACAGUUUCCAAAGACAUCUUAUUUACCACAAUACAUCAGAGAUGAUAACGUAUAUUGUGUAGAUUUUAAUUUACCUCUCCAUGAUCUGGAAACUUGCUUCUAUAACAUAGCUUCCAAACAACGAUGGAGAGAAAGCAUUCCAAAAGAAUGGUCUUUCUUUGGAUUAGAAAUUAACCAGAAAAAACAUUCAAAGCGGAUCUUGGAUAUAUCAGAAAUAACAACUAAAGUACCAGAGAUUACUACUAAAGAACAGGAGGAUUCAGAUGAAGCUAAAAAAGGAACACAGGAUAUGCUGCGAUAUUAUCAUGAUGCCGGAAAAGCUUUAUAUUUUAAUGAAAAUGGUCUGAAUGAGAAAGUGAUUAUUGACGUCCAAUGGUUUAUUGACGCUUUUAAGCAUAUAAUUACAGACAAGCUUCAUUUCAAAGGUAUUCCUGUAAUCCAAGGAGACUGGGAUGAAUAUUACGAGACUGGAAAUUUGAAAGAUCAGGUUCUUAUCAAAAUUUGUAAACAUAAAGAUGAAGAGUUGUUUGAAAAGCUGAAGGAAGAAGACCAAAAUUAUAGAACUAAUUACGGAUAUAAGAACGAUAAACGAUAUCUGCAAUGUCACAAGAAAUCACUUCUCGGUUUUAUGCAAAGACUUGGUUUACUGGCCCUUGGUACAAAGUCCCACUAUGUUCCAUGUAUGAACAGGAAAGAAGUGGAGUGUCAUCUUUCAAAUCUGAUUAACAAUUCGCACAGUAAAACGUCAGUACUUAUUUAUCGAUUUGACUUUUUACCAUUUUUCUUGUUUUAUCGCCUUAUUGUCCAUUGUAUGCAAGAAGACGAUUGGAAUGUACUACAAAAUCAAGGUGUAUCUUGCCUCUACAAAAACGCCGCUUUGUUUUCGUGUAAGGAAACCAACUUUCUUUUGUCUGUCACAGAAGAGUCAAUACAACUUCAGGUAUUCUGUCUGAUGCCAGGAUGUGAUUUAGAAAGGGCAAAAACGUGCAAGAUUCAAGAAAGAAUUGAAGACAUGUUAAAUGAUUUAGCGGGAACAUUUCAUAGAAAAAUACAGUUUGAAAGAGGCUUCCGAUGUCGAAUAGAUGAAGAAAAAACGAUUGCUAUCGAUAUCAAAGGACAUUUUUUACAAGAAAAAAAUUACAUUCCAAAAGAAGAGUGUAAAAUGAUGUGCCCCUUGCACACAAUUUCAGAUCAGCAUAUUAUUGAUACAGCUGAAUUUACUACAUAUUGGAAGAUGGAAAGAGACACUGCAGCUUGAUUUCAAAUAAUGAGAUUUUUAAUUUAAAUUUUAAUUGCUUUGUGACUAAUUGAUUUUAUUAAACUUUUACGUCAAUUGUACUGACAGCUCAUUUCAACUAUUGGACUCGCAGUUUUGUCAAAAAAAAAAUUAUAAUAUGGCAAUACUCCUUAUCUCUUUGUUCGUCUUUGUGUCUGCUUCUCGUGUAAUCUUCUCAAAAUUCCUGGCUUUUAAAGAACAUCCAGAGCCAGUCUUUACAAAUGUUGGCACACAGCAUCCUUACGUAAAGGGCAAUGAAAGGAAACCAUAUUUAAGAUUGGAAUAUGUAAUUAUUUUUUUUAUUUUCAUAAACGCCCUUUUUAAGUUAAUCAAUGUAUAA